AUGUUUUUGUCAUUUCGUGUUAAAGACGCAGCUGACACGAAAGAGUACCUUCAGGAAGAUCUCAGCCAAGUAGCAAAGUGCUGCUCUGAACUUCAUCUACUUAUUAACCCGGAGAAAACCAAGUAUUUACUUAUCAGAACGCGACAACAGUUACAAAAUCUCCCUACAGAUAUGUGCCUAAAUUUUCUAGGUGAGACUAUCAAGCCAGUUCCUUCAGCCAAGGAUUUAGGAUUAAUAAGGGACACCAACAUGUCAUACGAUUGCCAUAUCACCGAAUUAGUCUCCUCUUGCAUGUCCAAAUUGUCACAGAUCAACCGAGUAAGGAAAUGUUUUGA